UUAAGUUUUGUGUUAAGUUCAUAUCACUUAGACAUCAUCAUCAUUAAUCGCAUCCAACACCAACUAACACCCGGUCUCUAUAGCCUAAGGACGUUCUAGUUUUUUUUUUUAGUGCAACACAAAUUUUUCCUAUGAGUUUCUUUAAAAAUACAAAAUUUACAAAAACAAUAAAAAAAAAAUUAUUUCAAAAAAAUUUUUGUUAAAAACUUCCCCUUUUGAGACAAAAAAAGGCAACAAACACUCUUCAAAAUUCUUCUCUCUUAUAACACAACAAAAAAAAAAGUGAAAGUGUGAACCACAAAUCCAGACAAUGGCUGCUGCCACACAACAACAACAACAGCUACAUCAUCAUCAUCAUCAUACGCACAGCAAUUCCCCCAACAAUCUGCAGGUGCUGCAUGGCCAUUCCAUACAGGGUAUGCCCCAUGGUUUGGGUCUAUUGACCACAGUGGCCUCGCUGCCACCCAAAUAUCGCAGUCGUUAUUUGAAAAUCCAAACAAAAUGUGAAAUACCUUUGGAUUUAUCUGUGAAGCCUUUAUCACCUCACACAGAAACAGUAACUACAAGUACAACAACAACAACCACGCCACCCACACCCACACCCUGUUCAGAGAGUGAGUCUGAGGUACCCAUGGCUGUGAAUUUCACCGAAGUGUAUACCGAACCCUGUUCGGAUACCCAAUCCCAGGCCUCAGAAGAUAUUGUGGAGCAGAUAUGCUCCAGCUUGGAAGCCAACAAUGAAGCACAUACCAACCCUAAAUCCUCUUUGCCAUCAGCAGGCCACAAUAAGCCCAUGACACCUCCCCUAACACCCAACAGCAAGCGAAAAUUCUCUGAAUCGGAUAUGGAGGAUUUGGAGUUGGAGUAUAAGGAAAAUCACAAUAAGAUCAUGAAAGUCGAAGAUGCAGCAGCUCAAAGUCCCAAACAGCCUCUGGUGGAGAAUACCCCCGCCAAACAGCCCAUUAAGUCUCUGGAUACUGCCCCCAAGACUUCAAAGAACCAAUCGGCUUCAACGGAAAUUAAUAAAAAAUCCAAUCGCAGCAAUAAGGCCACCCGCAAACUUAAGUUUGAUGAGGAGACCAGCUCCCCGGUCUCGGGUACCAUUAUACGCCCUUUGGAGGACAUCACCGAUGGCACAAUGCAAUACAGCAAUGGCGAUAUAGAUCCCAAAUAUAAUAUAGUGGAAAUCACUGAGGAAACCAAGGCCGAAUUGGCGGCCAUUAAAAAUGUCAUAGGCGAUUAUAUAUGCCGUUUGUGCCGCAUCAAAUUCGAUGAUGCCUUUGGUUUGGCCCAACAUCGUUGUGCGUGUAUUGUGCUCUUAGAGUAUCGUUGCCCUGAGUGUGGCAAACAAUUUAAUUGUCCCGCCAAUUUGGCUUCACAUCGACGCUGGCAUAAGCCCAGAAAAACCUCGGAAAAUAAUCAGCAAAAUCCUUCGGCAAGUGCUGCCAACAAAACGGAGUCACGUGAAAAGAAAUCCUCCAAGAAGACUGAGAAUGAAGGCUCGGAGACGUGCUUUGAUUGUCAGGAAUGUGGUAAGAAAUUCAAACGCCAAGCCUAUCUCAAGAAACAUCAAUUGGUGCAUCAAAAGCAGGCCAUGGCCACACAAAAUGGCCAAACUACGGUGUUAGUAUCGCCAGCGGCCAAAACAGCAGCAGAUUGUCAAGUGUCCUACUUACCUAAUACCACUACUACUAGCACUACUCAACAUCAAACUUCCCCCACAGCGGCUGCUUUACCUCAAAAUGAAGAGAUUGUUUAUACUUCUACUGCUGCUCAUACUGCUCCACCCCCCUCUUACUCGGAAUAUGAAAAUGAAGAUGAUUCCAUGUCGGGCUAUAGUUCUUCAGUUUCCUCCUCAUCCAAUCAUCAUUAUGGUCGCCUACAGAUCGUGGAAACGGGCCUUACCGAAGAGGAAAAUAUUGCUGCAGCAGCCUUAACAAAUUUACGCAAUUGUGCCUCGGUAAUACAACACACCACUUUGGCUCAUUAGGUGGGUGGGUAGAGGUGAGAAUAAACAACCACCCACAGCCAGACACUCGCACACACAGCCACACACAGGCACACACAGGCAAGCAAGCAUCAAGUCUAGACAGCUGAUUUACACUCUCUCUCUCUCUCUAUCUCUUUCUCUCAGUGUUAAGAGGGUUAUACUUAUACUCUCUUUAUAUGAAAGAGCGUAAAACACAAACACACACAGCGUAAAACACACUCAUCGUCUCAUUGCA